AUGGCCUUUGGAACAUGGGCUAACUACUGGUCUUCAGCCCCUUCAAAUCUAGAGCCUGACCAGCUACAACGUGCCAAGAAAAGCAAUGCUCCUACUAGUGGCAGCUGGAAAGACUACUGGAUAUCAUCGUCACGCCCUAAUCAUGGCUCAACGCGAACUUACACAAGCAGCAACAAUGACGACACUAGUGACAAUUGGGUCGCCAAUCUGUGGGGAAAGGUUAGCACAACGAACUCAGAAACCGCAUCACCGGGAACCGAAUUACAGGAGACGUCAGUCCAAGAGGAUGACAGAUCUUUCAGUAAAUGGGUUUACCGCCAGCUCAAUAGGAGCCUGCAAAUCACCACACCCAAUAUCAAACUGAAGAUACUACCAGGCAGUCGGUACAGUAGUGUUCUCAGUAAUCGAUAUGUACUGAUGUUUAUCUUGUUUUUGUUGGUUCUGGUGACCCUCGCCUUCUACUUCUGGGCGAAACUUAUGAGCCCCGCGCAACGGGCGGCUCUCAAGAAAUACGCAUCUGCCGAUCAAAAGAAUAAUCCCGUCACUCAGCCACCCAGAAAGGAGGAGAAACGCAAGCAAAAUCGGGAUAUAGGCACCUCAGCCAGGACUGUCGAGCGUGGGCGUCCUAGUCGUGAUUUCGGGACUAAUGCCAGGACUCCAGAUUCUACCCAGCCACACCGGAGAGAAAAGGAACCAAGAGACAGUCAAGCGUCUGAUUUGGAUGCGGCAAUGCUGGUCUGCCACUCCCGGGUUGGAGGUAGUGAGGAUUCAAGAUCAGCUACCCGGCCACACCAAAGGGAUGAACAAGUCAGACCUAGACGAGAAGAAUCCUCAAAUUUUGCGACCGAAGCCCACAACACCGCGUCUCGGUCUAGUCAGGAUUUGACUUCACGUCAACAGGCACUCCAGAAAAUUAACGAAAUCAUCCCUAUUCUCGUUAAAUCUGGAUAUGUCACAAAAUUAUACCCUAUAAAUUUCCAGGCUGAAACUAGCCAGGUAUCUAGGACGUCUAGAGAUGCUGCAACUGAGGGAACACUCGAUGCCUCAGAGAGCCAGCGGAUGAGUCGACGAGACCCCUUGGUCCCCCCAUUUCCAGGAAGCCACCUCGCGAUUCGAGCCCCUGUCCUAACAAGCCAGCAAUCAAAUACCUCAAGCUCAAAUCCACCGAGCCCUCAAACAGGCCAUAGGAAUGCCUUAGACACCCCAACUAUAGCACCUCCAAACUGUAGAAGAAACAUUGUACGCCCACCAGCAUAUAGUGCCCGGGCGCCACAUUUUGCGUCUAGAGCCCGAGUACCGCAAUACUCUGCAGGGAGCAUCGGAGCUAACCCUUUUCCACAGAGUAGCCCUACCAGGAUCAACCACUUCUCGGAAGUCCCGCCACCUUAUGUCUCUUCAGCACAACAAAGCCCCACAGCGGCUAACCACAGCACUCUCAGCCUUUCCCGUCCCGCCUCCACCAACAUCAACGAAGCUCUACCGGUCCCCGCCAACGUGACCGAAGCCCGACCCUCACCACCUCCCCAACCCACACCCACCACGCCUUUCCGCCAACAACCCCCUGCAGCAGCCCGACGACGAGCCAGGUUCGAUGACGAAGACAUAUACCAACGCACAAUCGGGUAUGAUGCCGACACAGGGGAGCGAACGAUAGCAAACGUCUACGGCAAUAGCCAGGAGGCCUUUUGGCGCCGACAGGAGCAAGUCCCACGGAGGUGCCCAACUGCCGAGUCGCUUGCUCAGUUGAGUCCUGAGCUUCAGGACGAGAUUAUGAGGUCAUUCAAGUAG